UUCGGGUCGGCCGCUGAACUGAAUCGAAAAACGGCCACAGACGGCUCCUCUGGUUCUGCUAGUAGCAGCAGUGGCAGUAGUGCCAACGUGGCAGAAUCAACGGCGGCAUCCGCUUCCGCAGAACAUAGCGGCCAUGAUGAUACGCAAAAGCAAGGUAGUCACUAAUAGCUUUCUGCUAGCACUCAUUGUUCAACUUCUUCUAUCCUGGACUCGAUACAAAGAGAUACACUACUUAGGAACGAAGAAGUAUCGCCUAUAGAUGGUGCCAGCCGGACAAGUAUUAAACUUCAUCACACUGCUUCAACCGCAACCCAAAAGAACCUCAAAAAUAUAAGGUAAAGCCACAGACGCGGCCGAGGU